GGCUUUUAUAAUAAUAAAAAAAGCACAGUUGCAUAAGGGAAGGGGAGGGCAGGCUCGCUCUUUUGGCCGGGGCCGCGCAUGCACGUGCCCGCGCUCUCCCCUGAUCAAUUUCUCAAGGUGUUCUCUCCACGGCUGAAGAUGGCGACAGAUUAAAUAGAAAUAAUAGGAAGCCCAGAAGGGGAGAGCUCGGCCUGGAAGAGAGGGGGAGGAAGAGGAGGCAUGGGAAUAUUCAGCCCCAGCAGCGGGAUGCCCGGGGAGCAGAAGAACAGUGCCCACCAGAAGAGAAAGAGAAAACAAUAAGGAGGACACAGACACCUUCCAGUGUGAGAGACUGAGAGGAGCAGAGGGAGCACAAGUGGAGCAGCACCAGGAUGGGGAGCAGGGACUGAGCCCAAGGGGUCGCUCUGAGCUGGGCCAGCGGCCACAGGGGGAUGCUAUUACCUGGAUGUGCUUGGGGAUCAUAGGGGGGAUGUCCAUGGCUUAUCCAUUGUCCCCCCUGUGGACUUCUCCUUGAUGUACAUUGGGGUCAAUUCUUACAGAGGGAGGGGGGGUAUUUUUUUUUUCUUGGCUGACUUCUCAAGUGUUAACUGCAAUGGCAGGUUGUUGAGUGACCCGGGUAGGGGCGGGUAGGGGAGGGGAGCUGCCAUUCCUCCAUCCAAAAUCCCAAUCUCGAUCCAAAAUCCCAAUCUCCAUCCCGUAUUCAGCAAUCUCUCAAUCAUCACCCCUCAGCCUUUACUCCCAUCUUCUCUCUACCCAUCCCCCCCAGCCCUCCUGAUGAUGCCCCUCUCCGCAGCCCCCCUCGCUACAGGCAGGUGACAUUGUGUUGGGGGUGUAGGGAACCCAGCACAAACAUAAAGGGGUGGGGGGUGGGGAGAGACUGAGAGAGAGCACACGGCCGCCGCUCCCCGCAUUCUCCCACCCCCUAAAAUAUGAUCAAGGGGGCUUGGAUGUAUCCAAGGGAAGAUGAGGCCGUCUUAAAGAUCUGCUGGGAACCCCGACACAGCGACAAACCGUGCGCCGACUCCGAGAGGGCUCAGAGAUGGCGAAUGUCCCUCGCGUCUCUCUUGUUCUUCACCGUCCUGCUGUCUAAUCACCUGUGGUUGGUGUCUGCAGGGGCCAAAGCAAGGGGCAGCUUCACCUUCAGCCUCCAGACAACCAACUCCAGCCUGCUGUCCCCCCACAGCUUCCCAGGAGAGGGCAGGGGCUGCUGGGACACUUUCCUAAGCAAUCUGACCAAAUCUGCUGCUCAACCUCCUCAUUGCACUGGGGUCAGGUCCACUCAGCUGGACACAGCCUGCGCCAAACUGCAUUAUUUGCAAAGACACCGGGGGCCCUUCUCUCUAUCCUACCCCCAACCUUCCUCCUGGUCCUCCUCUUACUGGUCCUACCCCCCUUCCUCUUUUUCCUCCAAGAGGAACUUUUUAAAGGCUUAUUUUCGCAACUACACCCUGUCCUUUUGUGAUACCUACACCAUCCUGGACCUGCUGCUAGGGAUGUCUAACCCGGACAGCCUGGACUGCAGCCUGGAGAGCCUGAUGGAGGACUUUGUGGGGGCAGCUGCAGCUUCUUCUGCCCUGAUUGAGGGUGAGGUGUGCAGCAACUGCAUCCAAGCUUACCAGAGACUGGAUCAACAUGCUCAGGAAAAAUACGAGGAGUUUGACUUUGUGUUGGAGAAAUAUCUGCAAUCUGGGGAAUACUCUGUGAGAUCCUGCGUGGGUGACUGCAAGGCUGUCUACAAAGCCUGGCUUUGCUCAGAGUAUUUCAACGUGACCCAGCGGCAGUGCCGCCAUCGCAUUCCCUGCAAGCAGUACUGCCUGGAGGUUCAAACCCGCUGUCCGUUCAUGCUACCUGACAAUGACGACCUUGUCUAUGGAGGGUUACCUGGCUUCAUCUGUACAGAUACGCUAGAAAACCAUAUGUCCAACACAGAGGCAGAGUGCUGUGAUGUCCGAUGGCAUUCCUGCAAAACCCAAGGGAGCAGCAACCACAACACAUCAACCAAAUCUACAGACUCCCGGUUCAAAUAUUAUCCACACCACCAGCACCAUCGAGACCAUCACUUGCAUCCCUACCAUCAUCAGAACCACCAGUCUCUGCUGCCGGUCUCAGCGGGAUCCCGCCUCGGAAACACCAGACUAAAGCUAUGUGUGCUGGUGCUCAUGCUCCUCCACACCAUGGCCUCCUUCUCGGUUGUACAGAAUGGGGUUACACUGGAGCCCUUGCCUGGCCUGGAUGAUUCAUCGUCACACGAAGAGUGAACUUAUGGAAGUGCUUUCUAAAAAUCCAGAAGGUUGGAAUUGGUUCCUCCGAUGGGUCCACUGUUUUCUUUGACCUGGAGGCAUGGAGAAGGGAACCUCAAAUGCAGUCAACCAUGGUGCAGCCUGGUGAAAAUAUAUGAGUUCUAUGGGUUAGAGGGCCCGUGAGACACAACUUUGAGAAGGGUUCUGUGUCAGUGGCCUAGAAAUGAUGCUUGUGCUAAGAAAAGGCAACAUGAGGCAGAGUGAGAUUGGGGUGGUCAAGUAUCACUGUGUUGUGUGAAUGCCUGGCAAAAUAAUAUAUGGUACCAUGUGGUUAGUUAAAUCAACACCGGGUUGAGCCUACCAUUGGUGACUGGUAAGCCUUAUCACUGGUAGCAAAGUGAUUUAGUGCUGCCAUGAUUGUAUCUUUGGUCAUUUUGUGUUUGGCCAAGUAGCCAGCAAUGUUCCAAAUGAUAACAAAAAAAAAAAGAGAAAUGAUAGGAAUUCAGUCCUGAAGUAUUUUCAAGGACAAAAGAAAUUUUACAAAAAAUCUUCAUAAAGAUACCCCUAAUAAGUGUUAUAACAAUUGGUAUAGUAAACAUGAUGUGGUAAAGUAAUGCUGGCUAGAAACUGAAAGGUAGAAAGGCAAUGUCAAAUCCUAAAUAAUAAAAGUGCAAAAAGCUUACAUUGCUAUGUAGGAAAAAUACUUCUAGAAUGUAGAAGUAUAAGAAAUACUGAAGACUACUACAGAGGUAUUGGUGGCCCGGAGUGGUCUUGUGCGAAUGUUUGCUCCAUCCCAAUAGGAAAAGGUUGUAGCGAAAACACAACCAUAAGCCUAGGAAAGGAUGUCUUACCUAAUUGCGGCCACAGAGUCCAGAGGCCAUACAUUCAGGGCUACAAUGAACACCAGUUAAUUCAAAUGAAAAUGAUUCAUCCGCAAUGACAUUCCAGUUAUUCCUAUCCAGUACUUGUAAAAUGUUUUGUUUUAGUGUGUUUGCUCAUGUCACUUCUAAUUUCAGAUAUGUGUGAUCUGUUGUAUAAACAAACUACCAACCA